GAGGAGGGGGUGGGGGAGCUCCGCUGCGGCCGCGGCGGCCGUUCUCCCGGGAGCGAGCGAACGGCCCUUUCCCCGCCUCCCUUUCCUUCCCCUCCCAUUGACUGAUUCAAGCCGAGCGCUUCCCACUUCCGCCCCCUCUGCCUGCCACUGGAACUAGCAAAGCCCAGCAAGUUGCGGCCGCCGACCAGCCGGCGCUCCCCUCCUCCUCUCCUCCUCUUCCUCUCUCCUGUCCUUUUCCCUGGCCGCCGCAGCCGCCGCCGCCCCCGAGGCCUCGUGACGCCGAGCCCGCAGCCCACGCCGCGGCCGACAUGAGCUUCUUAUUUGGUAGUCGCUCCUCUAAAACAUUUAAACCAAAGAAGAACAUUCCAGAGGGUUCACACCAGUAUGAGCUCUUAAAGCAUGCAGAAGCCACACUUGGCAGUGGCAACCUCCGGAUGGCUGUCAUGCUUCCUGAGGGGGAAGAUCUAAAUGAAUGGGUUGCAGUGAACACUGUGGAUUUCUUCAAUCAGAUCAACAUGCUUUACGGAACAAUCACAGAUUUCUGUACAGAGGAAAGUUGUCCGGUGAUGUCAGCUGGCCCAAAAUAUGAGUAUCACUGGGCAGAUGGAACAAACAUAAAGAAGCCUAUUAAGUGCUCUGCACCAAAGUAUAUUGAUUACCUGAUGACUUGGGUUCAGGAUCAGUUGGAUGAUGAGACGUUAUUUCCGUCAAAAAUUGGUGUCCCAUUCCCGAAGAAUUUCAUGUCGGUGGCAAAAACUAUACUCAAACGCCUCUUUAGGGUUUAUGCUCAUAUUUACCAUCAGCAUUUCGACCCUGUGAUCCAGCUUCAGGAGGAAGCUCAUCUCAAUACGUCUUUCAAGCACUUUAUUUUUUUUGUCCAGGAAUUCAACCUUAUUGAUAGAAGAGAACUUGCACCACUCCAAGAACUGAUUGAAAAACUCACCUCAAAGGACAGAUAAAAGGAUGCAGAGCUGUGUGAAUUGUUCCUCAAAUGAAACUGAGGAGUGUAUUUGGAUUUCGUUGUAUUUUAUUUUAUCUCGGUUGUUUUUGUCUUAGGUUUGGGGGGCUUGUUUGGGUUCCUUUUUCUUUAUUCUGAAUAAAUGAAACCAUAUUCAUAUUCUAUUGCUAGAGGAAGCCAAGAACCACUCUCUAUACAUUUGAUGGGGUAAAUUUUGUUUUAGUGGCAUAAAGUUUUUUUUUAACCUGGUUUUGGUUACUUGUGACAUUUUUGAUGAUACUGUGUGUUGAAAGAAAAUGCUUAUUGAUUGGACUGCUGAUGGAUGGGGGUUGUGUGUUGUGUAAAUUGUGGCCGAUUUUUGAAGUCCCCAAAAGACUUAUGUUUUUAAGUGCCUUGGCAGGCUCACUUCUGAGGUGCAAAGCACAGACAUGGAACUGAACAGGACUUGAAACAAUAUUAGGAUCACUAUCCAGGGCACUUACUGAUGCAUGUUUUAAAAUACCUAUGAUAAAAGCCAUAGUUUACUUAAAUUGAUGAUUUCCAGCUUUUACUACAUUGAAACACACAAUUUGUAAAGGUGUGCAUGUAGAACAUACAAAAUUAGUAUUUCUUAAUUAUUUUUGAUAUUGAUGGUAAUUCUGUUCAAAUACCUAAAGUUCUACAAGCAGGUCUUUGUCCAUCUCUUGAUAUCUGUGAUAUUGAAACUUCAGGAUGUUGAAAUGUAAAUACCUAUUGGAUUUCGGCUUCUUUCUACAUGUUAACUGCACUGUGGGUAUAAAAAUUCAGGUUAUAUGUAGGUUUGCCAUCUUCAGAGGUGAUGCUGAACUGUGAGAUUUCUUAGCAAUUGCCAAAUGAGCCAUAAGUCUGCAGCAUCCCCUUCCACUUUGAAGAGGAGGGGAUAGGAGUGUGUGUUUGUUUGUGGAGGUUAAUUUGUAUGGGGAGUUAGGGAUGGGAUUAAGUACGGGGAGUCAAGAAAGUCCUGUCUUAAAACCCUUGAAUAGAAUGGCAUGGAGAUUUUAAUCAGUUUCUUGUAAACAAAGUCUUAGAGACUUCCUUUUAGGAAUCCACUUCCAUGAGAAGUUAAAGAUAAAUUAUUAAUUUUAGGUAUAGACAUUAAACAUGGAAUUUAAGGACUGUUUGAGGAAAUUAAUCACUUUCCAGCAUUUCCAUUCAAUGAAUGGAGCUGGUGUUUGCCUGUCAUUUUAAAAUGAUACAGUACCUUCUUUGCUUAUUAUUGUCUCAAUUUGAAACAUUCUGCCUUCUGAUUUUUCCACUAUGAAAGGAAUUUUUUUUUUCUUUUAAAGAUUUUAUUUUUUUCCUUUUUCUCCCCAAAGCCCCCCAGUACAUAGUUGUAUAUUCUUCGUUGUGGGUCCUUCUAGUUGUGGCAUGU